CCCAGGCUCACAGCAGCAGCUGCAGCAGCCGCCUGCUACCUACCUCCCUGACUCUGACCUGCACCUGUAUCCUGGCAUAGACCUACAGCACCGGAGCAGUCAGAUCUUUGAUGUAGAAAGCCAGAAGAAGCUUUCUGGGAAGAAGAUCAGUUUGUCUUUGUUUUACGCUAAAAUAUGAAGACAAACCCAAGAUCAACACGGCGAAGACUGGAAAUCGACCUGGAGGAGGAAGAAGAGAGUCUGGAACAGCAAACUUCCAGCGAGGAUGAUAACGACAAGUGCUACGUGUAUAAGGAGAAGAGUAAAAGUAAGAGCCAUGAACCGGGCAAGAGCAGCAACCGCAGGAAGAGGCCAUCAUCCCAGGGGAAGGAGCACAGCACACGAAGACUGGAGAGCAAUGAACGGGAGAGGCAGAGGAUGCAUAAGCUCAACAACGCCUUCCAGGCUCUAAGAGAAGUCAUUCCACAUGUCAGAGCAGAGAAAAAAUUGUCCAAAAUUGAGACGCUCACCUUGGCCAAAAACUACAUAAAUACUUUAACGGCCACCAUAUUGAAUAUGUCCAGUGGAUGCUUGCCCAGUGUCCAGCCUACUGAUACACGGGGUGGUGGGAAGCUCUAUCAACAUUACCAGCAGCAACACGGAGAUGAGGACAGUGACGAACACUUAGAAAAAUACUCUACACAAAUCCACAGCUUUCGGCAAGGUAGUUGAUGUCGAGCUCAAUGGAUAUUUUUUUUUUUUUAACCUUAGUAUUGGGCAUACUGAAGAACCCUUCAAGACUUACAGCAAUGAUGUAUUAUACCUAAUAUUCCAUUCUGAAACCAAUCAUCUGCCAUAAGAGGUCAUGACCACGAUGAUAUAUAGUGGAUAAUUGGAUUGAGGAAGGGAUUUCAGGGUUGGUAGAGUGUGAAUGUUAUGUAAAUUAUUAAAUUAUGGGGUCGCAAUGAGCUGUAAUGUUAUAAUCACUGGUUUUAUGUGAGAUACUUUUAUCUUUAAAGGGGUUUUCUAGGGAGGUUAAAAUAAUAAAAGAAGCAUUACUCACCUCCACUGAUCCCCUGCUACUGCUGUACCAAUGCUGCUCUCCACCUCCUUGUCCUGGCUCAACAUGCUGGAAAUACUCAGCCAAUCAUUGGCCUUGGUGGUGACCUGACUCUGGCCUUUCCAGCAUGUUGAACAGAACAAGAGAUGGAGAACGGCUUCAGGGAAAUGGUUGGUGGAGUUAAUAUGUUUAAAAAAAAAAAAUUUGACCUGGUUUCUCCCCCCCCCCCCCAAAUCUCUCCACAAAACCCCUUUAAUGGUGGUGCCACACUACCUUUUUCUGGAUUGUACAAAGUGCCAUCAAAUUCAUAUAUUUGUUGUUUUUUUACAAGCCUUUUUUUGGUCGCAUUUUUUUCUGAUAGUGAAUUCUAUAGGAAAAUGUCUAAAAACCACUACACAAAAAAAAUAAAAAUGCAAGGAAACUAUUGUCACUAUGAAAAAAAAGAAACAAAAAAAUAAAAUAAAGUGUUUGUAGGGCGUUUUAUACAUUCCUAUUGGCCAGCUUGUAACAUCAACAGGUUUUUUUUUGCUGUCAAAAAAUGCAUAGUUUUUUUUUCUUUAAAUGUAAAAGACGUAGUGUGAAUCCGCCUAACAGACCGUUAUCAUUUUUGUAAGAAUAUCAACAUUAGCACUAGUGAGACACAUCCACCCAGUGGGCAACAGUAGCAAUAUUCAUUAUAUGAAGAUCUAUGUCUUGAAUGGGAUAUGGCCGGGAUCAGCAACCUCCGGCACUCCAGUUGUUCUCAAACUACAACUCCCAGAAUCCUCCUUUCACUUCUGCGGCAGUUCCAUGUGUGCAUGCUGGGAGUUGUAGUUUCACAGCAGCUUGAGUGCCGAAGGGAGACUGAUGUUUCUUGGGUCCAUCUGAGGAUAAGAUAGUCAGGUCUACUAGGUCAUUUGUGAAUCAUCCUAUAAUAGUUCAUGUACAGUAUGUAUAUAUAUAUAUAUAUAUAUAUAUAUGUAUGUGCCGUGAAAGAAUGUCUGCGUGGUUCAAUUGUUAACGGACACAAAAUUGUGAAGGUGAACAGCAAAACUGUGCGGCCAUUAGAAAUAUACAAUAGUGACCAAUGAAUGGCUCUAAAUGGGGUUGUCUUCUGCUGGAAUUUUGGAGCCUACUACUUUGUCAGAGCCUGGGCCCACCAGAAGAUACUUGGGGGGGGGGUUGCGCCUAAUGCUGACAGCCUAUGGACAUCAUGAUACUGUAUACUACGGUAUAUGUAUAUGUAUAUAUAUAUAUAUAUACUGCAUGUACAUUCAUUGUAAAAAAAAAUACUGCACCAAGUAGUAGUAGUUGGAGUGUAAAUUAAUGCAAUGAUGAUAUAUGUACAUGAUUACAAUAUUAGAGCGAAAGGAGAAGUUUAUUGGGAAAACUGUACAAUGGAAAGGAGCCUCUAGGGCCACCCUUAGACUGGAUACAAGAUGAGAUAUGGUUAAGCAUGGAGGCAUACAGGGUUGAGCUACCUUCGGCACUCCAGCUGCUGUGAAACUACA